GAGGCUGACGAAACUGGCAGAUAGGCAAAAGCGGGAGCGAGCGCAGACGGGAACGUCAGGGAAAAGUGGAACAAGGCGGAGAAAGUGUGUAGUUAGUGCGGAUACCUUGCUAGAAGUGUCGUAACUGAUGACGGUCCACAGGGAAGUCGAGGCGAAAAGAUAAGACGAAAAGUUUAUGGAAUUAUACCCUCUCCACAAUUGCUUACUUUGACAAAACAAGGAUUAUUACAGCCUGAAGACAAGUAGUACGGUGGGCCAUGCAGAGCCAGCCUGUGUCCCUGCAGAGGUGAGCUCCAGCACCAGCCAACGUUUUCACCGUGAUGGCAGCAGAGCGGGAUGGGCGGGGGUGUGAGCUGCCCAUCGCCCCGGGCCAGGUGUACAUCGAGGUGGAGUAUGACUACAAUUACAAGUCCAAGGAGCGUCAGGUCUCCAUCCACCAGGGAGAGUGUUACAUGUUGGUGAAAAAGACCAACGGGGACUGGUGGCAGGUCAAGAAGGAGGAGGGGGCCAAGGCGUUCUAUGUCCCAGCGCAGUACGUCAGGGAGGUCCGCAAGGCCCUCAUGCCGCCUCCCAAGCCCCUGCACCUGGGGCAUCACCGUGGGGGGAGCGGGGGAAACCCUGUGCGGGUCAAACCCAUCGUCCUGGAGAUGGACAGAUCUAACGAGAGCCUGAAUGUGACCAGUUUCAGUCGGCCCUCUCCCUCCUCACCUUCUCCCUCCUCCUCGUCGGGGGCAGCCCUCACCCCUCCGAGGCAGCGCAGGGAUAGGGACAGGGAUGCCAACCAAAACCCUGGUAGAGACCCUGGUAGCCCCACUGACUACGACAGGGCCUUGGUAGAUGUCCUCCAAAACACUCACGCUCCUGGACGGGGAUGUAACACGCUGCCCCGUGCCCGUGCAACCUCCCCUGAGCUCCGCAGGGCGCCCCUGGACGUGGACAUGCCUCCGGGGCACUGUGACUCGGAGGGGUCGGAGAGACGCAACGACUCAGAGUCUGGAGAUGAGCUGAGCAGCGGUUCUAGUGAACACUUGCAGACUGUUUCUCUGCCGGGUCAGGGUGGUCGUCCUGAGUCUCCUGUCUACACUAACCUGCAGGAGCUGAAGAUCUCUGGGACCAGCCUGCCCUCCGACCCCUCCAACUUCCCACAGCAUGUCCUGGGGGACUGGGAGGCCCACAAGGACCAGAGCGGCAGACAGUUCUACUUCAACCGUUCCACCCAGGAGAGGACAUGGAAACCUCCCCGAGCCAGAGACGCCAGUAGUGGCAGCAGCCGGGGGGAAUCCCACAGCAAUAGCACUGGGGAGACGGAGACGACUCCGCCGCUCUCUCUCUCCCCGUCCUUCCUUCCUCUCCUCUCGCUGUCCAUUGGUCCGUUCCAGCCUCUGUUGUUGGAGGACAACUGCCACAGCACGUAUUCUAGCCAAUCAGACAGCCAGUACGGCUACCCGCCCCGGGGUUGGUCAGAAGAGCUGGAUGAGCAUGGACACACUCUGUAUGUCAGUGAUUAUACUAAUGAGAAGUACCAACACUCCCCCCCUCUACCUGGUGGAGGAGACCGGACCCCUAAGAGCCACAGUCUGGAUAGGAAACAUGUGGAGCCCAUCGUCCUGACCAAGUGGGCAAACAGCAGCAACGUGCUGGACGCCAACGACAAGCGGCUCAUCAAAAACAUCAGGCGUUUCCGUACAGGCUCUGGUCGCCCCCACCCCUACAGACAGACACAAGACGGUGCGUUGGGCCCCAUGGUCCCUGGCUCUCCAGACUCUGCCUCCUCAGGCCCCUCGUCCCCCAAGUCCCCUACCUCCCCUUCGGAGAAGUGUGGUAUUCUCAACGUGACCAAGAUCACUGAGCAUGGAAAGAAAGUACGGAAGAACUGGACGUCAUCCUGGACGGUUCUCCAGGGCUCCUCGCUGAUAUUUGCUAAAGGCCAGGGGGGCGGGUCCAGCUGGUUUGGAGGGAACCAGUCUAAACCAGAGUUCACUGUUGACCUGAGAGGAGGAUCUAUAGAAUGGGCUUCCAAGGACAAGUCCAGCAAGAAGCAUGUCAUUGAGGUAAAAACCCAUCAGAGUACAGAGCUGCUGAUCCAGUCAGAGAACGACGGCGUCAUCAAUGACUGGUACAGGGCACUGAUGGACACCAUCAGCACACACGCCUGGGAGUCAGAUGAGGCCCUAGAGGAGGACAUGCCAGAGUCUCCUGGAGCGGAGAAACAAGACAAGGAGAAAGAGCACAGAGACUCUAAGAAGAGCCGAGCCAUGAAGAGUUCCACCAGUAUGGACGCGUCGGACAACAAGAAGACCAGAAUCAAGCUGAAGAAGUUCCUGACACGUAGACCCACUCUGCAGACAGUCAGAGACAAGGGCUACAUCAAAGACCAGGUGUUUGGCUGCAGUCUGAGUGACCUCUGUCAUAGAGAGAACACGGCCGUGCCAAGCUUCGUCACGAUGUGCAUCGACCACGUGGAAAACAACGCUCUGAAUGUGGACGGGCUGUACAGAGUGAGUGGGAACCUGGCUGUCAUCCAGAAACUACGCUUCGCUGUCAAUCAUGAUGAGAAGGUGAACCUGGAGGAAGGGAAGUGGGAGGACAUCCAUGUGAUUACAGGAGCGUUGAAGAUGUUCUUCAGAGAGCUGCCUGAACCCCUCUUCACAUAUGGAUUAUUCCAUGACUUUGUCAACUCCAUCAAGAUCCCAGACAACAAGCAGCGUGUCCAGUCCAUCAAGGAGCGGGUCAAACAGUUGCCAAAACCCAAUCAGGACACUAUGCAGGUCCUCUUCAAACACCUCAGGAGGGUGAUUGACCACAGCGAGGAGAACCGUAUGACGACCCAGAGCGUGGCCAUAGUGUUCGGCCCCACCCUCCUCAGACCCGAGACAGAGACGUGGAACAUGGCGGUCCACAUGGUCUAUCAGAACCAGAUAGUAGAGCUCAUCCUGCUGGAGUACGAGGGCAUCUUUAGGUAGACACCAAAGGGGUGACCUUUCCCCUGGGUACAGAUCUAGGAUCAGUUUCCCUUCCCACCCAAUCAUAACCUUAACAAUUAGUGGAGGAAAUGCUAAACUGACCCAAGAUCAGCGUCUAGGUGCAACUUCACCCUACACUGGUAGAGACGGGAGGUGAUGUUCACUAGGAACGACACGGAAGAGGGACUACGUGAACUUGUCCAAUAAGAAACACUUGUUUUCGUUUUACGUUGUCAAAUACUUCGUAACGUUGUGCUGUAAUGACUCCAACCCAGGCCUCCUCUCUGAACACCAUCACCACCAUGACAAUGCAGAGCUCUAAACCCAACCGAGGCCUCCUCUCUGAACACCAUCACCACCAUGACUAUGCAGAGCUCUCAACCCAACCCAGGCCUCCUCUCUGAACACCAUCACCACCAUGACUAUGCAGAGCUCUCAACCCAACCCAGGCCUCCUCUCUGAACACCAUCUCCACCAUGACAAUGCAGAGCUCUAAACCCAACCCAGGAGAGACCGGUCCAACUCACCUCCCUCUAACCCGAAGUCAUUCACGCCUCAGAAUCCAUCUCCCGCCAACCAAACCUGUAAAACAAGGACUUAUUAUACACAACCAAUAAACCCAAGUUGAGACUCUUAGCAGCCAACAUGGAAGAUGCUUCCCCCUACUGCUCCUCUCUCCAUGGCUGCUUUGUGGGACAUUCUGCAAAAGCCAACAUCCAAUCCUGACUGUCCAUUCACAGGAUUACUAUGACCAUCGUAAAUGAUCCUCUCCUCUAAAGUACAGACUCUCUCUCCUCAGUGAAGCAGUCCGUUCUACACACUGGCUGUGUCUGACGUGGCUCACUAUGAAGUGCACUACUUCUGGCCAAAGGUAGUGCACUAUGUAGGGAAUAGGGUGCCAUUUUGGGACGCAGGUUCAGCCAUCGUACCAAAACUAUUCUGCUUCUCUGGUUUUCAGAAGAAAUCUUCUCCAAUCAGUCAGAUUUCAACUUGAAAAUACAGAACUGGUCCUCUGACUGAUGGUGUAUAAGGCAACCAUUAAUAAAUUAACGUUCUGUUGAAUAAUAUGUACAGCUGUAGUGUGUUGUGUCAAAUGGCACCCUAUUCCCUUUGUAGUACACUACUUUUAACCAGAGCUCUGAUCAAAGGUAGUGCACUAUAAAGGGAAUGAACAGGGUAACAUUUUGGAUGCGUGUGUGUGUGUGUGUGUGUGUGUGUGUGUGUGUGUGUGUGUGUGUGUGUGUGUGUGUGUGUGUGUGGACGGGGGAUUGACUGACUGGAAAUAUGUUGUACAGAUGUUUGAUAGUAAUUAUGUCUUGACGGUGAGUGUUAGAAACUUGGGGAAACAAUCACUAACGUAUUAAGAUUCGUUCCAUAACAUAGACUGAUUGUGUAAAAAAAAUAAUCAAAAAUAAUCAUUUAGGGUUGAAAAAUUCCGGUAACUUUCCUAAAAUUCCCUGGGGAGGAUUCCCUGGAUAUUCUGCAUAUUCACACCUGAUCCAGGGAAUAUUCCAACCAGGAUUUCUGGAAAACCUGGGGAAUUUGGGGAAAAUUAAUGUAAUUUAGCAACCCAAGAACUUCUUACUAUAUGACCUGGGGUUGUGGAAGUUUACCUGAGUUGUAAAUGACACAUUGUGAAUGUAAUUAUUUUCCAAACUAACUGCUGUUCAAGACUUCCUUGUCUAAUUGGAAUAAAGGCCUCCAUUGAGACCCUGUAAAACUUG